CGCCGCGAGCUCCAGCUUCGCCCGCAUCAAAAGCGCCUCUCCCCUCGCCUUCUCCCGAUGGGCACGCAGCGCAUCACGAAGCCCCCGCGACGAUCCAUCCAUCGAUCGCGACGCCGAGGGAGCGAGCAGCGCCGGCGGCAACUCCGGUAGCUCGCUCGCUUCCCCGGCCCGGCCGGAAGAUAUGGCCGAUCACGCCGUGGUGGUGGACGACGGCGGUUCACGAAGGAUGAGGCCGGCGUCCCUGUCGUCGUCGUCGGACGCCGAAGACGACGACGCCGGCAGCAAGAAGCAGUUCCUGCGGGCGGCGGGACGAGCGCUGGAGGCGGCGCCGCCCGUGCGGCGGAGGCCGGGGAGGCCGUCGCGGCCGGUGAGGAUGUUCCACACCAUGUGCCGGUCGCUCCCGGUGCUGACGCCGGGGUGCGGGCGGCUGCAGCCGGCCGGGGCGGCGUGCCGGAUCGCGGCGCCGUCGCGGCUGUCCCCUUCCGCCUCCCUGAUGUCGAAGCUCGUGGCGUCGGCCUCCACCGGCGCCGCCGGGGCGUCGCGCCGGCGCAUGACGGGGACGCUGUUCGGCUACCGCGACGCCCGCAUCGCGCUGUCCCUGCAGGACAACCCGCGGUGCCAGCCGACGCUGGUGGUGGAGCUGGCGCUCCCGACGCACGCGCUGCUCCGCGACCUCGGCACCACCGCCGGCGCGCGCAUCGUGCUGGAGAGCGAGAAGCGCGCGGCGGACGGCGGCGACGGCGCCGGCGCCGGCGCCAGCUCGAGGCGCGAGCGCGAGCAGCAGGACGGGUGGGUGCUCGAGGAGUCCAUGUGGACCAUGUCCUGCAACGGCAAGAAGGUGGGGUACGCGGUGCGGCGAGACCCGACCGACGACGACAUCGCCGUGCUGGAGACUCUGUGGGCGGUGUCCAUGGGCGGCGGCGUGCUCCCCGGGAUCUCGGACAUGGACGGGAAAGACGGCGAGAUGGCGUACAUGCGUGGGAGCUUCGAGCACAUCAUCGGCUCCAGGAACUCGGAGUCGCUCUACAUGAUCAGCCCGCACGGCGGCGACUGCCCGGAGCUCGCCGUGUUCUUCGUGAGGCUAUGAAAUUAAUACACCACGCGCGUGCAUGGCCAUCUCUGUUUAUUUUUUUAAAAUCUCUUGCUACCUCCGGCCACAAAUACACAUUUGAAAAUUUUAAACUGUUAAUUAACAUCUCACAAUGCUAGUAUGUAAAAAACGUAAAAUGGAAUUUACAGGUAUGUCAUGAAAA